CAAGUGGAAGAAAAAUCAACAAAGAGACAAUCCAAACAACUCAUAAAACCUUGGGUUUAAAACAAACAAAAGAAAGCUAAUGGAAAACCAAAAAAAUACCACCUUAUCUUCCUUUCUAUAAAUAUAGUCAAAAGAUCUCUUUUUUUAUUCACUUGCUAAAUUAUUAUCUUUUUUAAAAAAUUCAAAUUUUAGAGUGAGAAAAAAAGAAAUAAUAUAAUUAAAAUAGAAAAAAUAAUUAAGUAAUUAAAAAAAUGGGAGUAGAAAAAAGAGAAGAGAAGAAAAUAGUGGUAGCCAUAGAUGAGAGCGAGGAAAGCAUGUAUGCAUUAUCAUGGUGUAUUAAUAACAUAAUAUCACUUCCUAAUCAAGAAUCUUCAAAUUCUACUAUUCUUAUUCUUCUCUAUGUCAAGCCCCCUCCUCCUGCUUACUCUGCUUUUGAUGUUGCUGGAUACUUGUUUGGAAAUGAUGGUGUAGCAACCUUGGAAAAUUACUCAAGGAAGCUUGUUGAUUCAGUAAUGACUAAAGCCCAAAAAAUUUGUAUGGAGUCCAACAUUAACAUUAAGGUGGAAAAGAAAGUUGGUAGUGGUGAUCCCAAAAGCGUCAUAUGUGGAACAGUUGAAAAACUAGGUGCUCAUAUGCUGGUUAUGGGAAGCCAUGACUACGGAUUUUUUAAGAGGGCUCUUCUAGGAAGCGUAAGUCAGGAAUGUGCCAAACAAGUAAAGUGCCCUGUGGUGGUUGUGAAGCAUCCUAAGAACAGUUAACUAAGGCUAUUACUUAUUUUACCGUCACUUUGAAUUUACAAUGUAUGACUAAAAAAUUCUCAUAUUUUUUAAGUUUUAUGUUGCUAACUAAGAGUGUGAGAAUCGGGGUUUUUUCAUUUAGAGAGUAAAUAUUACUUUUCAAAAAAAAUUACAAGUUCAAUUCCCACCAAGUCUUCCCUUUCCUAAGCAUAUCUUGUAAUCCGAAAAAAAAAUGAGAAAGUAUGUUAGAGUAAGUCCUUUGUCUUUGUGUAAAGUGAUGUAUUUGUAUGAGAUAUGUGAAUUAAUUUGGUUGUUAAA